AUGCUCAGUGACCACCGGGACAUCGCGUACACCAUAUUGAAAGAAACCGAAACUGAACCACGCAAGGGAGAAGCCACAUGCAGAAAAUGGAUAGCAAAGGAUCAGCAUAAAAGCAGAGUACUCCCUAUAAAAAACACCAAGAGGAAACCGAACUACUGGUGGACCAGACAGAUUCAGGACCUACGUCAACAAUGUGUAAAGAGCAGUCGAAUCAUAACAAGAACGAACCAAAGUAACACUAUAGACCAAGCGGCAGUACAAGCGACUAAGGUUAUUUCGUUUACAACCAUUAGCAGACACGUUUGUGAGUUAAAAAUGAAUUCCGACGACAGUGAAUCUCCUUACUCCGAAGUCGGUGAAGAACAAUAUUUUUGUCAACAGAUUUUUCAGGUUAUUUCGUUUACAACCAUUAGCAGACACGUUUGUGAGUUAAAAAUGAAUUCCGACGACAGUGAAUCUCCUUACUUCGAAGUCGGUGAAGAACAAAGUGGCAAUUUGCGCUUUAUCUAA